ACACAGCUCGCGCCUGAAGAAGCGAUGGUGUAAUGCAUGGGUUUUCCUUGGAACCAUAGAGUAUAUAGACAAGUAUACAUAUGCGAUUUACAAUUACAGCCCAUCUUGUGAUAAUGCUCGUCUGCACAACAUGUGGUGAGAGCUACGCGUACAAACCAAGUCUCAAUAGACACCAACAUGUGGACCAUGAGAUAGCUCUCUGGCCUAACGACAAAUUUGUUUGCGGAACAUGCAACAAGGAGUACGCGUUCGACUCAAGUCUGAGGAGGCACCAACAUCGAAUCCAUGAGACAACCCGUUCAAGGAAAAAAACUAAACAGAUGUUUGCAGCCUACAUUAGCUUUAAAACACGUUUUUGUAUAAUCUGAAGGUAAUGUAGCCUUUAUAGCCUUUUCUUUAAGGGUUGUACUUUGUAGAAGUAAGUGUCUAGUUUCUCCCUUGAAAGGAGGGAGGGAGAGCUACCUAGGUAGCCCUUGGGCCUCAGACCGAGCUCGUCUACAAAGGCUCGGUGUGUCUCCACAUACAGGCCGUGGACAGCGCCGAUGGCAGGGG